CCACUACCGGGCUAUCGCCCUGUUCUACCGGGCAAUGGAAAUGCUGUAACUGAAGUUAACCUUUAAUACGUGCUUAUUGUUUAUCUAGGGGUGCGUAUUUUAUAGAAAAACGGGCGUAUUCAGGUUUGGUAUUUGUCCAAACACUUAGGUUUGCCUUCAGUUGUGAGCUGUUUUUCUUGAACAUGGCUCCAACGAUUCAGACUCAAGCUCAGCGAGAAGACGGCCACAGUCGGCAGUCCUCACACAGAACUGUUCCAGAGAGGUCAGGAGUGGUCUGCAGGGUGAAGUACUGCAACAGCCUGCCUGAUAUCCCCUUUGAUCCUAAAUUCAUCACAUAUCCAUUUGAUCAGCACAGGUUUGUACAAUAUAAAGCCACUUCUCUCGAGAAACAGCACAAACAUGAGCUCCUGACUGAACCAGACCUCGGAGUGACCAUCGACCUCAUCAACCCAGACACAUACCGCAUUGAUCCUAACAUUCUUUUGGAUCCUGCUGACGAAAAACUGUUGGAAGAGGACAUCCAGGCUCCAUCCAGUUCAAAGAGGUCACAGCAGCAUGCCAAAGUUGUCCCAUGGAUGAGAAAGACUGAAUAUAUUUCCACAGAGUUUAACAGAUAUGGCGUCUCCAACGAGAAAGUGGAGGUCAAGAUUGGUGUAUCUGUUAAACAACAGUUUACAGAAGAAGAAAUCUACAAGGACCGAGACAGCCAGAUUUCUGCUAUUGAGAAGACAUUUGACGAUGCACAGAAAUCAAUUGCACAGCACUACAGUAAACCCAGAGUCACUCCAGUGGAGGUACUUCCUGUGUUCCCUGAUUUCAAGAUGUGGAUCAAUCCAUGUGCUCAGGUCAUUUUUGACUCUGAUCCUGCACCCAAAGACAUGUCAGGUCCAGCAGGAGUGGAAAUGAUGUCCCAGGCUAUGAUCAGAGGUAUGAUGGAUGAGGAAGGAAAUCAGUUUGUGGCCUACUUCCUGCCUAAUGAAGAAACAAUUCGCAAGCGCAAGAGGGACUUUGAGGAGGGGAUGGAUUAUAUGCCUGAUGAUCUGUAUGAGUACAAGAUAGCCAGGGAGUACAACUGGAACGUGAAAAACAAAGCCAGCAAGGGCUAUGAGGAGAACUACUUCUUUAUCUUCAGAGAUGGUGAUGGUGUUUACUACAAUGAGCUUGAGACAAGAGUACGUCUGAGCAAGAGGAGAGCCAAGGCUGGAGCACAGUCCACCACGAAUGCUGUGCUGGUAUGCAAGCACAGGGAUAUGAAUGAGAAGGAACUUGAAGCCCAGGAAGCACGCAAAGCUCAACUGGAGAAUCAUGAGCCUGAAGAUGAAGAGGAAGACAUGGACCUGGACAAAGACAUGCAGGAUUCUGGCGAUGAAAAAGAGAAAGGCAGUGGCAGCGAGGCUGAGAACUCCGGUAGUGAAUCCGACAGAGAAGACGAAGACCAAGAACAAAGGGGAGAAGAAGAAGAGGAGGAGGACGAGGAUAGAGGAAAACGGAGAAGGAAGGCGAGCAACAGUGGAAGUGAGAGUGGCGAAGAGAGGACUAGAGAAAUGCGGGAUGAGGAAGAGAUCUUCGGAAGCGAUGAUGACAGCGACGACAACGAGCCCAAGAACUCGGCGAGGAGCAGUGGGGGAGAAGGCAGCGAGAGUGAGGACGAAGGAGGAAACAGAGGAGGCAGCAGGAGUCGCAGUGCGUCUCCGGCACACAGUGACCGCAGCAGCAACCACUCAGAGAGGAAUCAGAGUGGAAGCGCAAGUGACAGAGGCUCAGAUUCCAGUGAUGCCAGUGACAGUGAAUGAGGUCUGUGAUCUGGAUGAUUUGAUAGCCGCCUGUCUCAUGUAUAGCUCUAAACUUGCAUUGUUAUCCCUCUGGCUGACCCUGAUAUUAGCUCAGUGUGGGGGCUCUAGUAUUUUGAUGGUGCAAAUGAAAUCAGAUACAGUAUGUUUCUGUGUGAUGCUCAUUAGAAUAUGAAACAUCUCCCUUCAACCCAUUUUUUUAAUUUGUAGAUUUACUAGUAGUUUUGUGUAUACCACCACUUUGUUUCUGUCCAUCCCUCAUAUUCCGUACAAGACCAUGUACAAAUGUCUUUGUUCCCCAGUU